UCGGAGAAGCCCGCAGCUUCCAUGGACCCCCGCGUGGAGGCCAUAGUGGCUCUGAUCGAGCUCGUGCGCAGACUGGGCGUGGGCCACGGCCCCACGAAGGGAGAGCGGGACGACCUCCUGGGGGGAGGCGGGGACCUGCGGGGCAAGACGCCCGAUUGCAAGGCCCCGGGGGACCACGCCGGGAGGCCGGCGCCCCGCGCCAGGGCCCCCGCGGCCGGCGGCUCCCUGCUAGUCCGAGACCUCGGCGCCCCCGACGGCGCCGCCCGGGUCCAGGAAGCGGCGCUCCGCCUGCAGAGCCUCCCGAGCCGCGACCCCCGCCGCGCCGAGUGGGAGCCUCCGCGGGGGGGGGCCCGCACGGCCCCGGCCGGCGCCCCCUCGCUCCGCGACCACAUCGAAAAGCUGGUGAAGAACCAGUGCGCCCUGCACGAGUCCCAGAAGUCCCUGCAGCUGGCCAUCAGGGACCUGUCCGGCAAGGUGGACGUGCUGGCCAGGACGAUCCCGUGCGCGCUGGAUUCCAUCACCAGCACCCAGACCAACUUGGGCAAGAACCUGAGCUACCUCGGGAGGCAGCUGUCCUCCAUGGAGUCCGCCCUGGAUCGCUUCCAGGCCAGGACGGGCCCCGCGGGCAAGCCCGAGGCCGCGGCCCCAGCGCCGGACCGGGCCGACCUCUACCCCCUUCGGGAGGGCGCCGGCGGCGGCUUUAUCUUUGAUUAACGCAUUAAAGUUUUAACUUACAAAGGAUCCCUGGGAGGGACUUGGAGGGACUUCCUGCCAAGCCCGGCCAGCUCUGGGGGGCGGGGAGGGAGGGCGAAGGGUCCCUCCUCAUCUCGGUCCCCCUGCUCUGCAGCUUGUCUCCUGGCGCCCCGGGGCAGCCGCACCGUGCUCUCCCACAUGUCCGAGAUGGCUGGAUGUGGGGGGCUGGGGGGGGGUCGGCGCCCCGGGGUGCAAGAUCCAAGUAUCGUUGUCCCGAAAGGAGAAAAUAAAUGAUUGGGACGGGCUUGUUGGGGCUGGGGAGGGGCUCAGCCUGGUCCCUUCUCUUAUCUAAAAGCAGAAACUCUUCCACCAUUAGCCUAGUGCCUCGGGGGCCUUUCUGCGGGUCCUUCAGGCCUGGGUCUCUUAUAACUGAGAAGAGGGCACGCCCCCAGUGUGGCAACGCGCGCAAGACAGACAUGCGCACACACGUGCACUUCCGGCCCCAAAACACGUGGUAAAUAUCAAUAUGUAUGUAGUGUGGCUGCCCUCCAGGCCAGGCUACCUCGUGCACUUUGCUCUUUGACCUCCCUGGAGCAGUGGAGAAGAGGCGGUACCCUUCCCACUACGGCGGCUGCGAGCUUUUGGUGGGUAAAGCGGGUGUGAAUACACCUACGUCUGCAUCUGCGGUUGCCGCUUGAGUUGUGAUGUGUUUCCAAACGCAGGUCCCUGAGGAGGGAUCUGAAAAGGUUUCCAACCUUAAAGGGAGCCCGAGGAGUUCCAACACUAGAAAUCCUGGUUCCCUCAGUCAGAAGUAUUCUGUCAACUCUCCCAGUGCUUCUCCGAGACCCCCCCUGAGAGGGAGGAAAAGUGUCAGCAUCGUCUGGCUUCGAAGACACAGACCUAGAGAGAUUGGUUCAGAGGAAGUUACAGAGCCAGGGCGAAAGGAGAAAUGCUUAUUUAGCAGUCUCAUAAAUGGCUUCAUGUUAUAAGGUUUCGGCCUUCCAGAAGAGUAUAAUAGAGAUAUUACUCCUUAAGACUCUUAUCAAAGCAUGCUUGUGAACCUUUUAGGGUGUUUUGUAGAGAAAAUGUGUAGCCGUAUACCUGAUGAUCUUUGAGUAUUGAGUACCUCGUUUCUCCCCCAAUUUGGGGGGAGACUUUAGAUGUAAGCCAAAACCUAAGCUUUAUUCCUCCAGGUUAGAGGUGUAAAGCAGAACCAAAGAUGAGGAGGAAAAAACCUUACCCUUUAUGAGCCAGGCUCCUCAGUCCACAUUCAAAAGUCCAGAGCUAAAAAGGGCUCCCUUAAAGAGGGAAAGGAAUCCUACAAGAUUCAAUUAAGGAGAGAAUGAAUUCAGAGCACGUGAGAUUGGGGAGUAGCUGUUGUCCAGCUGUAUCUGACUCUUCAUGACACCAUUUGGGGUUUUCUUGGGAGAGAUACUGGAAUGGGUUUGCAAUAUUUCCUCUUUCAUUUUAUAGUUGAGGAAAAUGAGGCAAACAAGUUUUAAGUGAUUCCCCCGGGGUCAUACAAGCCAAUGUCUAAAGACAGAUUUGAACUUCAGAAAAUGUUUUCUUGAUUACAGGUUGGGCACUUCAUCCACUGUGGCAUCUAACUGUCUUGGAGGGGGUGGCUAAAGUAAAGGCAAAAAAAAAUAAACAUUAAACACCUACUAUGUGAAAGGCCCUUUGCUAGAUAGGCACUUUGAACAAGAAAAGGGAAAAAAAACCCCACAACUCAAGGAUCACACAUUCUAAUUUGAAAGAAAGACACUUAGACUGGCAAAAGAUAAGAACCAAUGCUGAAGGAAUUGUGAAGAGAUAAACACACUAGUGCAUUGAGAAUCAAGUUGUGAAUCAUCAUUGCAACCAUCCAUUUUGGAAAAUAUUUUGCAGUUAAUGGAAAUAAAGUGACUAAAGCAUCCAUACCCUUUGAUCCAGAGAUUCCACUCUAAAACAUAUACUCCAAGGAGGUCAUUAAUAAGAAAAACCCAAGUAUUAAUAGCAUUUUUUAUAAUAGCAAAAAAAAUGGAAAUAGAAGAUGCCUGUUGACUGUGGGACAGCUUAAGCAAAUAUAUGUAAUAUGUUAUGCUGUAAGAAAUUAUGACUGUUGAACAAAGCAUGGACCUAUGAGCAGGAGAAGGAAAUGGCAAACUAGUCUCUUUGCCAAGAAGACCUCAGAUAGGGUCAUAGUUACAUAUGGGUGAACGAUAAAAUUAACCCCCUCUUAAAUAGAUGAGGAAAACGGGCCAAAAAUCAACUUGCUCAUGUGCACACAGGUAUUAAAGUUGCACUAUACAGAGUCCAAAUAGAAAAAUUCCCUACAGAGGUUUAUCUGUGAGUCAUCAUCUGAUUACAUGAAAUUUGGGCACAUGAUAGAGCCUCUUAAAUGAAAUCUAUAAUCACUUAAAAGAAAAAUCAAGUGGAUGAAAAAUACUUAGUGUCCAGACUAUGAGAUGCAGUUGAACUGACAAGUCAUAGAGUCAGUCCCCUAGAAUAUUUAUCUUGGACAGACACUGGAGAUGGAAAUUCCUGGAAUUGAGCAAGAAGUUUGGUUACCUUUGGGAAACUUUGUGGUUUUAAUGAAUCUAAGCCUCUCCUUGAAAUGGAUCCAUCUUUUCAUCAAUAUUAUGCUGGUGAUGCUGUAUGACUGUGAGUCAUGUAAUAAAAUCACCGUCUGCAAAGGAUUAAAGUAAAUGGUCACCCAAAGGUCAUCACAGAGUUUCAUGAUGGUUUGAGUAGGCUGCAGUGUAUCACCAAUAAGAAAAAUGCACAUAAUCGCUAUUAAGAAUGUGAUCAGAAAAAGAGGAGGGCUGGUCAUAAAACAAAAAUGAGCAAUAGUGGACAACCUUCAAAAAUUGUUUUACAAGAUGAAUCAAUAUAAGGCAGCAUAGCAUACUGAAUAUAAUUGGACUUGGAGUUGGGAAGUUCUCAUUUAAAUCCCACCUCUGAUACAAAUAGGCCAUGUGAUCUUGAGCAAAUCAUUUAAUUCCUUGAUACCCCCAUUGACUCUUAGACUUUAAAUGCAUAGAAGCUACUUGGCUGCAUCAGUCCGGGGAGUUUUCUCAUGGGGAGUUCUCUACACCAAAAGAAUCACAGGUCUAGUUCUGUUCUAUUCCAUAAAGAGAUUUAGCAAAAGGCCUCCAGCACAUCAAGAAAUCCUAGAAUUUAGUCUAUGAAGACAUGGUUUAAAUUUAUGCCAUGAAGGGGCUGCAAGAUGCACUGUUGGAGGGAAUACUAGUAUUGAUAUGAUGACAGAUUCAUUGAAUCUUGUGGCUAAAAGAUAAAUUUCACUAAAGAAAGUAUUUUGAGGGAUAUACACUCAAGGAAACAAAUGAGUUGAUUUUAAGUAGGGCCCCCCCCCCAAAAAAAGUUUAAAACAAAGCCUCCCAAAGCAGCUUUAGGGAGAUGCCUAUGAGAAAGGCAACAGUCUUGCCAUCUUAAAACAAAGUGUGCUGCCAUAUAUUUAAUAAAUGUAUGUUGAAUUAGAGAUCGCAGGGAACUCUGACCCUUGAAUUUAAAGUCCAAAUCCAUAUGAAGGAUGUGCCAUUCCUUUCCAUAAAAAUGUCAAAGACAAUUUUAUGUCUAUCCAGGUGACAAUUGUGCUCUACUAGUCAUAUCUCUUUAAGAAUUAGGGGGACUUUUCCUUUCCUUGAAGUUCCCUGACCAAAGAAUUUUGAGCUGCUCAGUUAAAAGUUUUAUUCAAUGGAAGAAUGUAGCAGUCAGUACAGCUUGUUCAGAGAUUUCCUAGGGACUGCUAAAUUGGACUAUCUUUGACACUUACUUCCCUGAAUCCUGCUGAUCCUUUCUGGCUUACUCUGCUUAUACCUUUUCUGUCAAAAACGUGAUUUCUACAAUUUAAUCCAUAACCAGAGGGAAUUUAAAAACCUCUUUGUGUCUACUUUGUUGUUUAUUGAGAAAAAAUGAAAGAUAAUCCCCAAAGGGACAUAUGUCUAACCCAGUUAUCCUAGUUACAACACUUUGCAGUUGAAAUGUUUACUGCUUAGAAUUUCCACGUUGUAAGAGGCCUGGUUUUUAAAUUCCUCAAAACUAAAAGAAAUAUUACACCUGUGUGUAAUCCAAAUCUUAAGCAGAGCUUUCCUCCUUGGCUACUCCCGUUUCCUACAAUAGCUUCCUUAAUUUUUGCUUUCCUAUUCCUCUAUGUUCCUGAUCUCUAGCUAGUUCAUUAAAUUUUUCCUGUUUCCUAAUCUACCAGUCCUCUUCUAGCUUCAUCUAACCUCCUGAAAAAAAGAUGAGGUGAAAUCUUUCAAGACAGUGAUAAAAAUCGAGUAAGGCUUCAUCUACUUCAGAGUUUGAGUAGGCCUGAAGCAGGAGCAUUGAUCCAAGGGCAUA